AUGGUCCAACCUCCAGGUCUACGGUGUUACGCAACCCUCAAUGUCAGUCCGUACGCAGACUCAAAAGCCCUCGUAUCGGCGUAUCGGCGUCUCGCUCUCCAGACACAUCCCGACAAGAACAACAACACGGUGGAAGCAAAUGAGAAGUUCAAGGAGCAGCUCAGCCACACUUUCGAAUAUCUGAAUGAUGACACCCGUCGAAAAGAAUAUGACCGAAUAGUCGCAACCGCUUACGCUCAGCUCAAUCGAGAACUGGCGGAAUACUACAAGGAACUGCACGAUGUAAGGCAGAAAAUCCGCCAGUCAGAGACACUCCACAUGAAUUCGGGGACAAACGCUGGCUGGCACAACGGAAUGCCAACAUCUGACAUGGACAAAGAGUCGCAACUUUUGAAGCGGAUCGACCUAAAAUACCAAGAACUGGUCCCUUUGAAUGGCGAAAUCAGACAAAUCCCAGCCAAUCCCGGGAAGACGCUGCCUACCGAUCACCUUGGAUCCGGCCUCGACUUUUGGCGCGCUUCUUCCCAAUGCCAGGAGAAGCGGGCUGAACGUUUGCAGCAACAGGUCACCAAUCAACAAAAGGCUCUUGGCAUCAAAGAGACAGAAAUUAUGGGACUCAAGACACAGAACGAAAGGCUAAGGGAAAAGGUUUAUAAACUUAGCCGAGAAAAUGAUUGUCAGAAGAAGCUUGUACGGGAAAAGACCGCUGUAGUGGACGCACUCAAGGAGCGCUCGAAAAAUGUUCGGGAAGAGAAAGAUCAGCUGUUGGAGUUGAACAGAAGGCGGAAUUCAAGAAAUUGA